AGAGAGAGAGAGAGAGAGAGGAUAGAGAGAGAGAGAGAGAGGUUAUAUAAUAUAUAUACAAUGAGGAAGCCAGAUCUAUGUGGGAAAAACAACAACAAUGGCAGUAACAGCAACAAUAGUAAUAAUAGUAAUGGCACAAAAUUGAGGAAAGGGUUGUGGUCGCCGGAGGAAGACGAGAAGCUGAUGAACUACAUGGUGAGGAGCAACGGACAGCUGGGGUGUUGGAGCGACGUGGCGAGAAAUGCUGGCCUCCUCAGGUGUGGGAAGAGCUGUCGGCUCCGUUGGAUUAACUACCUGAGGCCUGAUCUCAAGAGAGGAGCUUUCUCCCCUCAAGAAGAAGACCUUAUCCUCCAUUUGCAUUCCCUUCUUGGUAACAGGUGGUCUCAGAUUGCCGCGCGCUUGCCCGGACGAACCGACAAUGAGAUAAAGAACUUCUGGAACUCAACAAUAAAAAAGAGGCUCAAGAACACGUCGUCGUCAUCGCCAACACCGUCGCCAAACGCUAGCGAUUCGUCUUUGGAGCCCCUAGAUGUAAUGCAAGGGAUCAUGGCCAUGCAAGACCAUAAUAACAUGAUGGCCAUGUUCAUGAACACGUCGUCGUCCUCUUCGUCGUCGUCGGCCGCACGGGCAAUUGAUCAAAUCCCCAUGAUUGGUGGCAAUGGAUACUUCAAUGUGCCAACAUUCAUGCCACAAGUUGGAAUGGAUGGUGAUGGAUGUUUUGGGAGUAACGGAAUGUUUGGGCAAAAUGGAGAGAUGUUUUUCCCUCCUUUGGAAAGUAUAGCCAUUGGAGCAAAUGGUGAGAACAAGAAUAUUAUUGAUAGAAACAAUUACAAUUACAACCCUCUCAAUAAUAUAAGCAAAGUGGAGACGAUGGAAGGAUUUGGAACUUGUUUCCAAGGAGAAGACCUAAAAAUGGGGGAAUGGGACUUGGAGGAGUUGAUGAAAGAUGUUUCAUCCUUCCCUUUUCUUGAUAUUCAAGGUGAAUAAUUUGGCCUCCCUUUUUUUUCUUCUUUGAUUAGAAAGAAAACUCAAUAUGUGAGAAAAAUAAGGAUUUUUAAUUUUUUUUUUUUUUUUUGGGUAUUACCCUUUUGGUUGUUUUGUCCAUUGGAGGGAUCUCAAACCUUGGAUUGUAGAGAAAUAAAGGUCAUAUGAUACACAAAUAUGUAAAUGUAGACAUGUAAUUUUCUUGUAUGUAUGCAUGUAUUUUUAUACAAUACUGUAAUACCCACUCUACCUGCGAAGAGAGAUUGUCAAAUUAUAGUCCCACAAAGCAGAGAGGGACAUAAAGAUUAGUUGGUAAAUUUUACUUUUCUACAAGAAUGGACAA